AUGUGGUCAAUUGAAGCAUUAGGAGUAGUAUUCCUUGUAUGGUUGCUCCAUGUCAGUGAAGCUUCAGUGCAUGACUACAGUGGGGAGAAAUUCGUGAGCAAGGGCAAUGCUUUUGUAGUCCAUGGAGGUAGCGAAGGAAUUUACUCCUCUCUUCCUAACCUCACUCAAUCAUCUCCUUCUAACACCGACUCUUUCAUUCGGUUCGAAAAGAUUGUAUUUCGGAGGCCAAAAGAAUUCUCAAACUUUAGCUCAGACCCAAUUCAUGCAAUUGUUUUUGAGGUGGAUGAUCGAGAGACAAUUGGGGGCUCUGCCUAUGGUGGCCAAAGAGCUGUUUGUUGCACAGCAGAUCUUGCAAAACUUGGAGUUUGUACACAAGGGCAAAUCAUUCACCGUCCAUCUGCUAAUAAUCCCGGAUGGCCUAAAGUUUUUAGUGCCUCAUUCAGCAAUGAUGGGGUUGAUGUAGCAUUGCAGUCAAGAUCAAUCCCGAUUACAAAAACUGGGAUGUAUAAUGUGUACUUUAUUCACUGUGAACCAAAUCUUAAGGAAAUUACUGUUGAAGGGAAAACCAUAUGGAAGAAUCCUACUGGUUACUUACCUGGUAGAAUGGCUCCUCUUAUGAACUUCUAUGGGUUCAUGUCUCUUGCAUUCGUGUUACUUGGGAUCUUUUGGUUUUCGCAGUAUGCAAGAUUCUGGAGAGAAAUUAUUCCUUUACAAAAUUGUAUUACACUCGUUAUAACACUGGGCAUGCUUGAAAUGGCAUUUUGGUACUUUGACUAUGCUGAAUUCAAUGAAACUGGAGUCAGGCCCACUGGUACCACUGUAUGGGCUGUGACUUUUGGUACAGUGAAGCGCACAGUUUCACGUUUGGUCAUUCUGAUGGUCUCUAUGGGCUAUGGUGUCGUUAGACCUACCCUAGGUGGUCUCACCUCAAAGGUCCUUUUGCUUGGAGGAACAUUCUUUGUGGCUUCUGAAGUGCUUGAACUGGUAGAAAAUGUUGGUGCUGUCAGUGAUUUAUCAGGAAAAGCAAGGUUAUUUUUUGUAAUUCCUGUGGCAUGCUUGGAUGCUUUCUUUAUCCUUUGGAUAUUCACCUCCCUGUCGGCAACUUUGAACAAGCUUCAGGCUAGAAGGUUGUUGGCCAAAUUAGACAUUUAUCGCAAGUUCACAAAUGCAUUGGCUGUCGCUGUUAUUGUAUCUGUUGGAUGGACGUGCUACGAGCUAUACUUCAAGUCCACUGAUGUGUACAAUGAGCGAUGGCAAAAUGCCUGGAUUAUUCCUGCCUUCUGGCAAGUGCUAUCUUUCUCUCUCCUUUGCAUCAUCUGCGCUCUUUGGGCGCCAUCUCAAAACUCCAUGAGAUACGCCUACUCCGAUGACGGUGAAGAGUUCGACAAGGACGUUACAUUGACGCUCAUAAAGCCCUCUCCUCUGCUGCCAAAGGAUGUUAGAAGCCAACCUGAAGUGAGGCCAACACUGGGUAACAAUGAGUUAUCUAAUGGUGAUGAAGUAGAAGACAAGACAGAGUAAAGCAAGACACAAUAUUUGGUAGUAUGGUAAAGAAAGGUACCGUCAGUUGGGUAAAUUGUUGUUAGAAUCAUGUAAUCGGUGUUGUCUGUAUAAAAAGUAAGAAGGUUAAUCAGGAGAAGGCCAUUAGUUAAAACGAAUUUGUAGUUGUUGUUCCUUAAAAGUCACGUUCGUUAAUCUUAUAAGAUGUUACAUCCAUGGUACAAUUAAUUAGAUAAUAGCUUGUCUAUCUUCCAAUUAUAUUCUUAUAUUUAAAGAGGUAAUACUUCCCCUA